GUUCAGUGCCCUCCCCCUCCUCCCGCUCCCCGCUCCCCGCCGCCGCCGCCGCCUGCCGCCCGGGGCCGGCUGCUGGCUGCUGGCUGCUGGGCUCGGGAUGACGCCACCUCUCGCUCCGCCCCGACCGACGCGAGCUCGCUCCUCGCGUUCAUUUCAUUCCUCGUCUCAUUCCGAGCAUUCUUCGCAUCUCUGUCAGUGCGCGGAGCGACUCACCCACCUCCUCUUCCCGGCGGGCGCAGAAAACACCGCAACAACUUGACGUAAAAAAAAAAAAGAAAAAAAAAAAAGAGUACCCCUCAACACCACAUUGCCAAAAGAAAGGGACAUUUUUUUUGUUUUUUGUUUUUGAUAUGACAUAUCAAUAACGAGUUCGCUCAGCCGGGAGCCGCCGGAGCUUUCGCCGCAGCAUUUUCGGACCAACUCGGAAGAGAGGAAGCCCCCGGAGAGACUUGUUGCUGCGACGCGUUUGACGGCGCCUGUGUAAAAACCGCCAUCGGAAGUUUUGAGUCCCUAGUCUGCUCCAGGCUUCAGCUUGGAGAGCCCAACCGCCACGAUUGAUCCCAGCAGCUGGAGCGGCAGCGAGAGCCCUGCCGAGGACCUGGAGAGGAUGAGCGACUCGGCUGACAAGCCUGUAGACAAUGAUGCUGAGGGAGUGUGGAGCCCUGACAUUGAGCAGAGCUUCCAGGAGGCGCUGGCUAUCUAUCCUCCGUGUGGACGCCGGAAAAUAAUCCUUUCUGAUGAGGGAAAGAUGUAUGGUCGAAAUGAGCUGAUAGCCAGAUACAUCAAACUUCGGACCGGGAAGACGAGGACUCGGAAGCAGGUGUCUAGUCACAUACAGGUCUUAGCAAGAAAGAAAGUUCGAGAAAUCCAAGCUGCCAUUAAGGUGUCUAGUCACAUUCAGGUUCUUGCCAGAAGGAAAUCUCGUGAGUUUCAUUCCAAGCUAAAGGUUACAAGCAUGGACCAAGCCGUGAAGGACAAAGCCCUCCAGAGUAUGGCCUCCAUGUCCUCGGCUCAGAUAGUCUCUGCCACGGCUAUUCACAACAAGCUCGGCCUGCCAGGCAUCCCACGCCCAGCCUUCCCCGGAGCAGGGCUAUGGCAGGGAAUGAUAUCGGCUGGUCAACCAGGAUCGUCACAAGAUAUUAAGCCUUUCACCCAGCAAGCCUACCCCACCCAGCCAGCAGUCACAACAGCCAUUUCAAGUUACGAGUCCACAGCAGCUCCAGCUCCCACAGCACCAGCAUGGCAGGGCCGCUCCAUCGGUACAUCCAAACUCCGACUGGUGGAGUUCUCCGCUUUCCUAGAGCAACAGAGAGACCCAGACGCCUACAACAAGCACCUAUUUGUACACAUCGGACAGACAAAUCACUCCUACAGCGACGCCCUGCUGGAGUCGGUGGACAUUCGUCAGAUUUAUGAUAAAUUUCCGGAGAAGAAAGGCGGACUGAAGGAGCUGUACGGAAAAGGCCCCCAGAAUUCCUUCUUCCUUAUAAAAUACUGGGCUGACUUAAACUGCAACAUUCAAGAUGACAGUGGGUCUUUCUAUGGAGUCACAAGUCAGUAUGAGAGCUCAGAGAACAUGACCAUCACGUGUUCAACAAAGGUGUGCUCUUUUGGCAAGCAGGUAGUCGAGAAAGUUGAGACUGAAUACGCACGGUUUGAGAAUGGACGCUUUGUCUACAGAAUAAGCCGGUCUCCGAUGUGUGAAUACAUGAUCAACUUCAUCCAUAAGCUAAAACAUCUACCAGAGAAAUAUAUGAUGAACAGUGUGCUGGAGAACUUCACUAUCUUACUGGUGGUGACGAACAGGGACACCCAGGAGACGCUGCUAUGUAUGGCGUGUGUGUUUGAGGUUUCAAACAGUGAACACGGCGCCCAGCAUCAUAUCUACAGACUGGUGAAGGAAUAAGAAGCUCUGAACCCCCCCCCCCUCCUUCUUUUCAUAGACUUACCAACCUCAAAACAAGUGGCAGGGCCUCUACCUGAAAGUCACACCUACAAUGCUUUUUGGUCAUGGUAUCGGGUGAAGUCGGUUGCUAUAAAUUUGUUUUAAUAUAAGUGUUUGUUAUUCGACUGCAGCUGUGAAUUGCGGUACAGUUGUUUCUAUGUUUAAAUACGGGAAUUCACGUUUUAAAUUAUGUUGAGUUGGUCUCUGUUGAGUAUAAAUGUGGCCGUUCUUAAAAGAAUUUACUAGAUUCAUUUGGUAAAUGGAAAACUGUGUGUCGUCUUCUUCUGCCUCAUUGUAGACCAAGAAAAAAGAAAAAAAAAACUGAUGCUGGCCUUUUUACCAGCAGCCUGAUGUGGCCUGUGUAAUAUGUUUGAGUGUGUUCUUCUAUGUCUGUAGUUCUUAAUUUGUGAGCAUACAUACUGUAGAUAUACAGACAUGCACCCACAGCCAAUAGAUUUUCCAAAGAAUCAAAAUUAACAACACUACAGAUACAGUCGCUGAAAGCAAAUGGUUGUGAGUAUUGCAAAAUUACUGCUAUAAGAAAGAAAAAAUAAAUCAGCUCUCAGAUGUGUAUUUAUCUCCACUGAAGCACUCCAAGUCAUAGUCACUACGAGCAGAAUGAAUGCACUGUAAAAAAAAAAUACAGCUCAUAAGUGUGGGGAUGUUUUUCCAACUGCUUAACAUCUCUGUGCUACAAUCAAGUCUUUCCUCUGCGACCGAUGAUCGGAGAAUUUUAGAAGGUUUUAAACAGCCGACAGUUCUGCUAAAAUGACUCACACAUGUUGUCCAACAGCACUUUGUUCCCCUCCCUGGACUUGCCUUACUAAUAUAUUUCUCCGUUAGAUCUGCGGUUUUAGAACAGUUUCAAUAAUCAUAACAGUAUAAAUCCCAUGCAGACAGCAGACCUUGCUCAGUACAUGCUGUGGCUUUGCCCCCUGAAAGUUGAGAAUCUCGUUCCCCUCUGGGAUCGCAGUGUGGUAACUCCAAGCCAGAGAGUCGCUGCCUUCAUAUUCAUACGACGUUCACAUGUUUCUGUGGCCUACACUGAUCCCGAGCCUUAAACAUCUCAUAGCUGUGUGUGAACUCCGAAACAUGCCACUAAAACUGUGAUCUCUACCUGGUGAGACCAGGCGGAGUAUCCAUAAUACAAACAGCCAAAGUGUUCAGUGCCUUAGAGAAUAUUCUAACAUUACCCUUUGUUGUUGUUGUUGUUUUAAAGUCUGAAAUAUGUUUAGUGGGUGAGACAGGGGGAAAAAAUGACUCUCCGGUAUAUAACUUGGUACAUCUCCACAUCUGAGGAAUUACAUUUCUACAUAACAUUAACUGGUACACUCCAAAUAUAAUUAAUUUUUUUUUCAGUUUGCAAAUUUAAGGUCAAAAACAGUCAGAACACAGGUUGUAUUUUUAUCUAACUCUGUAAUUUGUUCCGAAAAUCUCAGCCCUGAUAUUGUACUAUAAACACAGAGCGACUGCCUUUCCUGUUGUAAAAGACCAAAAACACAGGCUCAAUCGUUUGUCCUGUCCUGCAUGGUAACAAGGAAGUGCCUUUGGUUUAACAAUGUACAGCUUCAGAAAGAUUAAAAAAAAAACACACAAGCUAAAAAAUGUAAUGUUGCUAGACCAAAAAGGAAACACAAGUGAAACCAAUCACCACAUUGCCUUUUCAAAGGAUUGUUAUGGCAGCAGGGGAAAGCUGGAUACCGGUUAAAUAAAUGAUGUAUACAUUUUUAAUAUAAAUUGAUCUAACAUAUGAUGUAUUUGAAGAAAAAAACGAUUUCUUUGCUUGAGGUCAAAGACUGAAAGACCUGCUGAUGACGCACAGCCGCUGACUGAGCGCAGGAUGUCAACUCAAAAUCACUGCAGCCGUCUGCUUCGUGCACACUUGCAGGUUCAAGUGUUUAAUUUUUGAUUUAUUUUUUUUGAAGUGAACACUUUUUGGGGGGUAAACAUUACAUUACCUUUGACCAUGACGUGAGGUCAGGGACCAACGAGCUUUUACAUUUAUUAUCUCUCGCAAACAAAAACUUAACGUUUAAAGUUUAUAAUCUUUUCAUCAUUGUAUGUAGAGCAAUUUCUUCAAUAUAAUUUGGAACCGUUUUAAUUGAGGCUAAAUCUGAAUUUUUUUCCCAAAACCUGUGCGAGAUGCUUCUUCAGACACAAAUCUCUCCCAACUGCUAUGGACGAGGCCGUCGAGGUUAAUAUACUUUUCAUCUUCAAGGACCAUAGAUACUCAGACACUUACUGUUCCUUACAUUUUAAUCAUCUAAUGUAUUUUAAUCAAAGAAGCUCUAGAUAAUUGCAGACAAUGUGUCUGGUGGAUGCAGAUAAAAGUUCAAUCAUUCAGUAUUUUAUUUUGAUUUUGUUGCCACAGCCCUGUGGACACCGGAGUGUUCAACAGGCCUUUUCUCAUGUUUACCCUGUGUAUCUGUUCACAUUUAUUGAUUACUAAGUGAAAUGUUCUUAUUGUUCUUGUAUACAGUCGUACUUGGUUUUGUGAUGACAUUGUCUGUAUAUUGCAAGCCCCAUAAGGUGGGGAUGAUGUUACUGCUGCCCUGCUGGUACAUGUUGACAUGAAACACAAAAGAAAAAAAACAGCGGCAGGGCUGAUGCCUUCAGUGGCGUGACUGUCUGUUGGACCACUUCUAGAGAAAAUGGUCACCUACACACACACUGAGGAGAAAAAAAAUCAGAUACGUUGAGGAAUCAUGCUCCAAACAUAUCAUCAGUUUAGCUCUUGUAAUUUGUAAUUCUGUAGGUACUGGUACCUUUUUUGUUUUUCUGACCAUUUUAUUUCGAUGGUGGCUUUAAAGUGACUCUACACAUCGCUCACAUAUAGUCGUCCUACACACACCUGGGUUUUGUGUGGAGACAUUGUCUUUUUUUUUGUAAAAAGGUGCUUUGUACAAAAUGAUAUAUCUUGGCUUUUCUUGGUACAGAUGUGUGAUAUCUUGUCAUAUCCCAGACGGUAAAGUGCUGGAGCAAAGGAGAGAAGAAGCAGCUCUGCUAUGUUUCUGUGUUCUGCAUAUGGUCGUGUCUUUGCUCCGUAACAUUAUGAUGCCUUCUUGAUAAUAAAGUAAUUUUGUAGCUUUCUAGAUACUUUCUAUGUAUGCAACAUUGAAGUUAAAUAAAUCUGAAACAUGUU